GUGGUCUGCGUCACACAACUUGACUCGGCGAGUGUCGGCGGUAAACCGCGAGCGAUCGCUCCCUCCCUACCCAGAUCCAACCCAAUUAAUACACAUUGCAUUGAACCUGCGAGCCGAGGCAGUGACCGAAUACCGCCGAGUCAGCACAUACGGCUUUACUGGACCGAGAGUAGGAUGGGAAUAAGGGAAGCCAAGGAAAAAACUUUUAUGAUGGAAAGUGCAAAAGAAAUGUGAAUUUAUUUCAUUUCUACAAACAAUUGGAUUAUUGUAUUCUGUGAUUGUGUUUUAAGAAAAGAUAUGUCGUAUUUUUCGUUAUGUGAGGCGCGGGUAUGAUAUGCCACGGAGUAACACCUUAUCAGGAUAUCAAUUAAUAUCUACACACUUGGAGGUAGGUAGUGGGUAAUUUCAAGGAUUUCGACACUCUACGAGGAGAUUUUCAUACCUCACUGGGAUUAUAUGCAGUACGAGUAACCCGGGUAUAUUGGUGAAGUGCGCGGCGGCCGCGACGUUGUGCUGUGAGUGUGACUCAAGGAAGAUAUAUGCUUGACGUCCAGUGACAGGCGGGCAAAACUGACAGGAUUUCUUAAGCGUUUUCCACAGAUUAUCUGCGCAGAUUAACGGAUUAAAAUGUCUGGUGUAGGGAUUCUACUGGUGCUAUCUUUGGGAUGCUUCCUCGGGACAUGGGGACAGAUGUGGGAAUGGGGGCCCGACCUGGAAGGACCCUGGUGUGCAAAGCGUCGGGGGCAGCAAUGCUGUGACGACCGGGACGACUACUGUUCCGUCCCCAUCCUCGGCACCGAGUGCUACUGCGACGUCUUCUGUAACUCCACGGCCUACGACUGCUGCCCCGACUACUGGGAGCACUGUCAUGGAGUAGUGAGAGAGAGAACCACGCCGCUCCCCAUCAUCUAUACCACACCCCGGAUACCCGUAACGACAAAUAACUGUAUAAAGAAUGGCGUGCUGUACCAACCUGGUCAGACAUACAAGGAGAACUGCAACGAGUGCAAGUGCGAGGUGUUCUCCGGGCCACCCAGGAGGUUUGACUGGCGCUGCAGCCAGAGUGUGUGUUUGAUCAGACCGGAACUCAUCCGCGCAGUGAAUGAUGGGCGAUACGGAUGGACAGCUAGCAACUACUCGGCGCUGUGGGGGAUGACGUUACCUGAUGGCAUCAAAUACCGCCUAGGGACGUUCCCGCUAGACUCGAACGUUGUGCGCAUGACGCCACUCAAAGUGAGGCUGGACGAAGUUCUUCCGGAAGCAUUCGACUCCAGCCAGAAAUGGCCUGAAGUCAUCGGCCCGAUAAGAGACCAGGGAAACUGCGGUGCAUCAUGGGCCUUUUCAACAACAGCCGUAGCAUCCGACCGCCUGGGUAUCGAGUUUAUGGGUGACUACAAGGAGGAGCUCUCCCCUCAACACAUUCUGUCUUGUAACAGCGACAAGCAGGAGGGUUGUGCCGGGGGUUUCCUGGACCGAGCCUGGUACUACCUCAGGCGGAGAGGGCUUGUGACAGAGGAAUGUUACCCCUACUCCAGCGGAAGGACCAGCACUAUCGGCGAAUGUCUGGUCGCACCCCGGAAGCGCCAGGGCAACUGCCCCAGCGGCAUCGAGUUUCGCAUGGAGAAGCGCUACAAGACCACGCCCCCCUACAGGAUACGUCCUCUGGAGAGGGAAAUCAUGAAAGAAAUUAUGGACAACGGACCAGUCCAAGCCACAUUCACCGUGAAAGAGGAUUUUUACAUGUACAAGGGAGGCGUAUACCGCUACAGUGAGAUCACCCGUGGUGAGGCCAGCGAAUCCAGUCGAAUAGGGUACCACUCAGUGAGGAUUCUCGGAUGGGGCGUCGAGCGUACAUUUCAAGGCGAUAUCGUCAAGUACUGGCUGUGCGCCAAUUCAUGGGGCACCGACUGGGGUGAGAACGGCUAUUUCCGUAUCGUUCGUGGUGAGAACGAAUGUGAGAUCGAGGCUUACAUCGUAGGGGCUUUCGGGAAGGACAACCGGCGGCGCAGACUCAUCAACCAGAGGAGACUGAAUCGCAUCCGGGACGGCCGGAAGUUCCGGAGCCUGAAUCUCAGACGUCGGCGCAGGCGCAGGAAAAACAAGAACAAAAACAAGGACAACAGACGCCGAUUUAAGAAAUCACAUAAAUCUGUAAAGAAAUUAUAGAAAUAUGUAUUAGGAUUUAUGAAAUAAUACUAUUGUACAUGCAUUUAUACGAUAUUGUAGCUAUGUGUGCAUUUGUAAGAGCAGUGUUAAAUUGUUUAAAGUGUAACCUCGCAUAACAGUACUUAUCCCAUCUGCGGCGAGCUGUUCAUCAUUAAGCAACAUUUGCGUACGAAGAAUAUGUUAUGUUGGUUUAUAUAUAUGAUUGUAUAUUCUAUCUUCUAUUGAUCUUGUGUAACAGUGUUAGACUAUAUUCUAUCAAUUUGUUACGAGGUGGUGUCAAACUGAAAUGCAGAGGUUAACCCAGAAAUCGGUGCGCACUGAAUUGAGACACAAAUAAAUGACCACAAGAUCAAUAAAUUAUGUUUAAUCUCCUAGUAGAAGGCUUCCGUUGACAAUGACAUUAUUAAGCGUCAACAACGUGGCAGCAGCUGUUACUGACGGGAUAUUGUUUGAAUGUAUUCACAAAUGUUCUGAAUUGUGUCACUGUCAAAUGUCUUGACGAAGGCCAGUCUUCGUUGAUUAAUACAGAAUAGUGUUGGAAGCUGGAAACAAAAAGAGCGUUUUUCAAAUGGAUAUCCAAACCACAUUGGCAUGUUGAUGAGAUACGAGUCAAGUCGCUCUCCUGUUACUCUUUGGUAGUCGGCCUUAUAGGAACUGAUCACCCUGAUAGAUCACAAGCGAUCAAAACACAUCCAGAAUGAAUUGUGUAUGAAUGAAAUGACACAAUACCAAUGAUCCAGUUGUGUGCAAUCAUGUAUAGUCCAUCCUUACCCUAUUACUGCCUUCCACCUACAAGACUUUAUUGUAUGAAGACCUACCUUUGUUAUAUUGGUUCUAUUGUUUUCUGUUGAAAACGCCUAGUUUAUUUGUAGUUGGCAUUAGUGUUUUGUUUAUUAUGUGUACUUAUUAGUUUGUACAUACAUUUCCACCCACAAUUUAUAUAUUCUUUUCGUGUACUAUAAUAAUUAAACCACUUCCUCCGA